AUGGGGAAAGCAGCAAAAGAGAAACUGACCCGAUCUCUAAACGAGCACCUCAACACAAUCCACGAAACUCUCCAGAUUUUGGAUCAAACGCCAGCUUCAUCUCUUAAGAAGGUUAGCUGGAAUGAGGUCAUUCAAAUGGGUGAACAAAUCUCCAAACAAGCCACUACGGUUGGAAUGCUUUACACUGGAGAAACCCCAGAAGUUAAAGUGCUUGAAGAAAAUAUGGAUGCAUACUUCAAUAUGCUGCAGGGCUUCCUUUUACUAUCCCAUGGAAGUUCAGUCGGAGCAGGACCAACCCUCUCUUCUUGCAUUCAUUCGUCCAUAAAACAAGUUGUUGGCAGCAGUUUCAUGUUGUUGAAAGAAGCAGUCUCUUCAUAUGGAUCCCAUGAUAAAGCUAAAAAAGUCUCAAUUCCGCAACUAGUGGGCACAGUCUGGGAUGUAUGUUCAGCCCUUAAGAAGACUCCUUCGUCAAAUGUAGUGGCAAUUGGACGAGCAAUGACCCAAGUUGCAGUUUCCAUCAAGGAUGUUCUUCGUGAGAUGAAGGAACUGAAACCAGCUUCCUUUGACCUGGCAAAUGAAGCUUCUGAUAAGGUAGACAUCAAAGAAGAAGAAAAACCAGACGACGAUAAUGAUUCAUGUAAUGAAGAUCUGGGCAAUGACCUGUCUCUCGAAGAGAUGAAAAUUGCUCAUUUAGCUACCAGCGUUGUGUCUGAAACACUCGCAUUUACUAAGGAACUGAUUCGCUCGAUUACAAGCUUGCUUAAGCAGGAGAGUGUAGAUGGUUGUGCUAUCUCAACAGAUUCACUAGAGAAACUCUUGCUGCUGUCUCAGAAAAUUGGAGUACAAGUUGAUGAGCUCGGGGCAUGCCUUUAUCCACCACAAGAAAUUUCUGCAAUUAAGGCUGCUUUGGAGAAGAUUUCCAGCGUUACUUGUGAAACAGAAUUAGAGCUAGGAAAUCUAAAAGGCUCUUCGAAUGACUUUGUUACAGCUUGCACAGGUUUGAGGAAUUCAUUGAAACAGUUAGAAUCUGAACUAAGUUGCUUAGAUACAAGUAUUAUCCCAGAAAUGGAAAAUCUUGCUUUAAGCAAUUAG